AGAGCACCUGCCAUCACCAUGCAGAGGUGCACAUCAUCCUGUGAAAAGAAAAACACCUGGACCUCCAACCUCACCAGGCUGAACUGUCAGUGGCAUGAUGAAGGACAAGUUCGUCAUAUAUAGCGUGUUUGUAUGCACCACGCUGUGCGGUCUAUGGGACGCAGCUCAGGGUCGGGGGCUUCACCUGGGCAGUUGUAAAGUAAACAUACACACUCAAGAACUCAGGCACCACUUCCAACACAUCCGGCAAAGCAUGAUUUCUGGAGAUGAUCAAAAGGGAAUCAGGUUACUCAGAAAAGAUAUGAUGCACAGUUUACAGGCUACAGAAAGCUGCUGUUUUCUCAGGAAGCUCCUUCACUUCUACAUGGAUAAAGUUUUUAUCAACUACACCAGCAGUCAUUCCCUACAUCGCAGAACCACCAGUGUUCUGGCCAACUCCUUCCUCAGCAUCUCCAAGGACCUGCGAGCGUGUCACUCUAAUGCGCACUGUGAGUGUGGGGAAGAUGCCACGCUAAAAAUCACAACAAUUCAAACCACAUAUGACAAGCUUGAUCAGUCAUCGGGAGCAGUAAAGGCCAUCGGAGAGCUGGAUUCACUACUUGAAUGGAUAGAAAGCUUCCAGCAGCACCCUUAAUGAGAGCCAGGUCUUUAUUAUAGUUCAGCUGCGUAGAUUAAUAGAAUAAAUAACCUUUACUACCUUAAAAGCAGUUUCUAAAAGUUUUCGCUUUCCAUAGAGUUUAUGUGACAGUAAUUUAUUUAUAAUGUAAUAUUUUGGCGUAUUUCUUAGCAUAUUUGCAUGACGUAUAAAUGUCAUGCUGCAAAGUAGACCUUUGCGGUCAGUUUGGUAUCUGUGAUUUCCAUUCUAUUGUUGUCAGGUUUUGUUGAGAAUCAGCUAAAAACAUAUCUCUCUCAUCUUUAUUUGUCUCUAACACUCACUAUUCAAAUUCUAUUCUGUAAAAAAAUGCUUUAGCCUAGCUCUAUUCUUUUACAGACUGCUUGUUUUCUUAACACUAGCUUCUCUACUCUUUUUGUAUUAUAUCUGCUUUUCUUUUAUUUAUUAUUCAAUUGUCAAGGCCCCUAACUACCGCGCUCUAUUCUUUUCCUAGUUUUCUUUUUAUUUAUUAUAUAUAAAAAAAAACCUUACUACGUGUAUUGUGUUAUGCUACCUAAGAUUUGUCUUAACACUUGCAUAUUGCUCUUAUGUUGAUUUUGAUUGUCCUAUUGUUCUAUUGUCCUCAUUUCUCGCUGUCUGCUAAAUGUCUAAACGUAAAUGUCUUUAUAAAAACACAUCAUUUAUAAAAUAAAGAUAUA